CCCGCCCCGCCAUCGCCUGGCAACGGCGGGCCGGGAUCGCCGGGAAUCCCCCAGGAAUAGAGGGUUGGGAAAGCCCAUCCCGGUCCUGAGGCAGGUGAACGGAGCGGUUACGUGCGACUGUUGCAGCGGGGAGACGGCCAGGCCGGUGCUGCGUGCCCGGGGCGCUGACCAGUCCAGAGAACAUCUUAUGGAUUUUGUGAGGACAAAAGGGCCACGUGAAUUCUAAUUUAGAAGCCAAGAUGGAGGUGUUAAUGCCUGAACCUCAGAUUUAUGUGGAAAAGACUCUAGCUAUCAUCAAACCUGAUGUCAUUCAUAAAGAAGAAGAAAUAGAGGAUAUCAUUCUCCGAUCAGGAUUCACGAUCGUUCAGAAACGAAGGCUCCAGUUAAGCCCAGAGCAAUGUAGCAACUUCUAUGCAGACCAGUUUGGGAAAGUGUUUUUUCCUAAUUUAACAGCCUAUAUGAGUUCUGGCCCUUUAGUUGCUAUGGUUCUUGCCAGACAUUGUGCAAUCUCACACUGGAAGGAAUUGCUUGGACCAUCCAACAGCCUGAGAGCUAGGAUAACUCACCCUCACAGACUCCAGAGACCUGGAAGGGAUUUGCAGUUGCCCUCCAAGCAGUUAUUUUUCUUGGUUUUUAGCUUAAGAGCACUCUAUGGGACUGAUGAGCUGAGGAAUGGGCUUCAUGGCAGUCUCAGCGUUUCCUCAGCAGAGAGAGAGAUUCGAUUCAUGUUUCCAGAAGCGAUCCUGGAGCCAGUUCCCACUGGACAAAGAGCAAGGGAUUACUUGAACCUGUAUGUGAAGCCAACAUUGCUGGCUGGGCUCACUGCCCUGUGCAAAAAGAAGCCAGCAGACCCAAUGAUUUGGCUUGCUGACUGGUUGAUUGAACACAAUCCUAAUAAACCUAAACUACAAUUUCAUCUCUGAGGAGGAGCAUCGAGGGGUGAGGGCUCAGUGGAAACCAUGUCAGGCAUUUCAAGCUACAGAUGUAUAUUGUCAGCGUGUCCAUUGACUGUGUAACCAAUAUUAUCUGAAAUAAAUGCAUUUAUCGUAACUA